UUGACAAUGACAGCUCAUAAAUCGUAAAUUUCGCAUGUAAAUUUUCACGAUUUUCACCAAAAUAUCUGGAGAUUGUUGUUAAUUUUUAUUAAUUUAAAUUAAAUAAACGCUAAUCCUCAAUCUGUAUUCUUGAGAAAUCACUAUGGAUCUUAACAGGCUCCCGAAUGACAGAAAAUUACAGCUAUGCAGAUGGUAUUUCAAAGUUGGAUGCUUGUUGCUGCCGUUCGUGUGGGCUGUGAACGCGGUGUGGUUCUUCAAAGAAGCUUUUGUGAAGCCUCCAUACGAUGAACAGAAGCAAAUUAGGAAAUAUGUGAUGAUGAGCGGAGCAGGCGCAGCGGUGUGGGCCAUCGCACUAGCAGCCUGGGUGGCCGUCUUCCAGCUAAACAGGGUCUCUUGGGGACCCACAGGAGACUCGCUCUCCUUCAUAGUCCCUUUAGGAAGAGCUUAAGACUAGUAUAAAUUGUAACUGAGGAUUGCAAUGUUAACAUUAUAGGGCUGACAUACUGAUGUCAGAUAUUGCCACUAUUAAAUAUCUGAUACUGCUUGAUAUGUUGUAGUAUGGAUUGUUGCAAAGGCCAGCAAGAUUAUUUAAUUGUAAAAUUUAUUUACUUAAAUUGCUUCAAUAUUUAAUUUUGAGUCCUAUACCUAUUGUCAGCCAGAUAAUCAAAAUUAAGACAUCCAUAAUGCACUAAAUAAUAACUGAAAGGUUUAUAAUAACUCUACUAAGCAUUCCUUUUACUAACUUGACUGAUUUAUUUAUUAGAUUUGGGCUAAAACUUAAGGUCUAAUACUAAACACUGGAGAGAAGUUGACCAUCAGCUUUGAACUUAAUUUUUUUUGAUUAUUUAUUUUGUUGAUGGUCUGAUGACACUUUACUUUCUUCCUUCUUUAUUACAAUAAAUCAGUAUUUGUUACUUGUGUUAUUUGCAGUCAAAUUGUAGAUCCUGGCUAUAAAGGACUUUCAGUGAUUUUGAAAUGACAGAUUGAAAUAAUUCCCUUUUAGUUCUUACUAAUAUCUUGUCCAUUUAGGCACACAUGCUAUGCAUUAGAAAUAUUCAAUGAAAUGUGGCUUACUAUGAUAGCUAAUUAAUUUAUUUUAUAAGCUGUACUUUUAAUGUUCUUAGUCUAGAAUUACCCUAUCUGGGGGCACGGCAGUGCCCCCACCAAGUCGAGC